AUGAUCCUCCUGCCUCCAGACGGUCCUUCGCCUACCACCCAGCAUGCUCCCUACUAUCUGCCGCCCCCGGGUCCACCACCAGUACACUCACAGGCGCCAGUCCACGGUGCUGUAAUAUCACCCGAAGAUGACGUCCAGCGGCUCUUCAACGUUUGCAAGGUCGGCCGAGGGAAUGCGGAGCUGUUGCAAGAGGUGCUCGUGUAUGCCAAACCUCAGGAGCUCAAAAAUGACAUCACAAAGGAACUUGUAGGACGGGCUCGUGCAUCUCAUGAGUUGAUAGGGUCGCAGAUUCCAUGGGCGACCACCGAAGCAGAGAAGUCGCGGCAUGUAGCAAGAUCAAUAGUGCAGACCACGCAGGAGCAGCUGCUCGAGUCGUUGCUCGCUGCACACGGAGACCUCACCGAGUGUUUGAAGAUGUAUGAGGACCUCGAGCGCAUCGCGAUCGAGCAGGAGGCCGAGGAACGUCGGAAGACCGAACGCCUUAUCGAAGCUCUGACUGCUGUUGCGGAAUAUGAAGCUUCUACAGAGGAGACCCCUCUCAUCGAUUGGGUCUUUUCCACUGGCGAUUCCGAGCGUACAGGCAAGAUCAAUCCGCAGACCGCGACUCGAAUAUUCAGCGCUUCCAACCUGCCUCCAGACGCACUUGCAAGAAUAUGGGAGAUUGCAAGCGUAGACAGCAAAGAUGGUCUUCUGGAUAGACAAGGUGUUGGAGUAGCGUUGCGGCUGAUUGGGCAUGCACAGAAGGGCGCGGUAGUGACUGAACGUUUGGUCAAGCGACCUGGCCCUCUCGCUGUGCUUGAAAAUAUCUCACCCGUCCCUUCCGAACCCGUUGCCGGCCCCUCAUCAGGGAUGAUACUCGGUGCACUGCCGCCUCUUACUAUGCAUGACAAGGCUAAGUUCAAGAAGAUAUUCAAAGCCUCGGGUGCGCAAAACGGUUUCAUGCCAGGUCAACAAGCUAGAGAAGUGUUCAUGAAAUCGAAGCUUCCUCGGGAGACGUUGCAACAGAUUUGGGCUUUGGCAGAUGUACAUCGCCGCGGUCUCCUUGAUCUCACCGACUUUACUAUCGCUAUGUACCUCAUUCAAGCGUUGAUGACCGGCAAAAUUUUCACGGUCCCCACUUCUCUACCUCAACACGUGUACGACGAGGCUGGGCGGCGGAGUCCGCAGCCUGUCUCGACCCCGAACCAUGUUGACCUGCCACCUGCACCGCCAUUACAUCCUUUGAGGUCAACUGCUCCAGUCGCAGCGUCACCAUUCGCGGAUCCGCCUAUGCGCACUCCGACAACAUCGCCGUUUGCGGAUCCGCCUCCCCGCCACCCAUCGAGCAGGAAUACACCCAUUUCCACCUCCCAAGCGAACUCCUUGGGCUGGGAGAUCUCGCCAGCGACUAAGGUUCAGGCUGACCAUGUCUUUUCGACACUGGAUCCAAGGAACAAGGGGCGCGUGAAAGGCGAGGCUGUGCGUGAAUACAUUCGCCAAGUCGGGCUGUCGUCAAAUGCUAUUGGUCGAAUAUGGGAUCUGGUCGACAUCAAUCGUAAGGGCUACCUCAUUCGCGACGAAUUCACGAUGGCCAUGCAUCUCGUUAAAAUGAGAAAGGACGGACAGCAUCUACCGCACUCUCUUCCUCCUGGACUCCUCGCAGGAUCACUCCCUGAAGAACAUCAUGACGCAUAUACAGGCAUUGUUGCUGACGCGCCACAGUAUCUUCAGCCCACGUCUCGACUGACAUCACUGCACGCUUCAUCGUGUAGCGAAGAUAGGUCAAGACUCUCUGUUGCGUCUGCUGGCCCCUCAAAUCUGCGCUCAUCGAGGAGUUCGCCGCAUCUUUCUACACUUGCUUCAAUACAGCCCUUUGCCACGCCGUUACCCGCUCCCUCCACGCCGUUCCCAAUGUCGCCUCUUCCACCGGGCGUAAUGACUUACGUUCCAUCUCAGCCGACGAACAUCGAGCAAUGGAACCUCAAGCCCGAGGAGCGAGCGAGGUAUGAUAGAUACUUCGACCAGCUUGAUACUCAGAGGAAGGGCUAUCUCCUGUCCGAUGUGGCCGUCCCAUUCUUCGCCCGUGCCAAGCUGCCGAACGAUGUCAUGGCGACGAUAUGGGACAUGGCUGACUCGGAACACGACGGUCAGCUGACCCGAGAAGACUUCGCCGUGGCCAUGCAUCUCAUCCGACAGAAACUUGCGGGCGCAGAGCUGCCGACGCCUACACCGGCCUUGACCUCCUCGCCUACAGCUCCAUUAUCUCGACCCGACUCCACCGCGACGCCUCCAAGACGAGCUAGUAUGCCGAACCAAGGAGAUACAUUGUCGCGACAUACGUCCGUGGGCCACCAGCCAAUGCAGCCGAUCGUACAGCCAGCUCCAGUUACACCGCCCGUCCAGCUCGACCCAACGACAGUGCGACUUCCAGACGACGUGGAUGACGGGAUUCGAUCUGAUACGCCUCCGCCUCCGUACGAACUCAUUGCUCCAGAUGCGACGUAGCACAUAGAACAGACACUAUUUUCCACACUACCUGGAUUUCGCUUUUGGAUAGGAGCGUCUGGCACACAUUGUAUAAGUACGACAGGAUUCUGUCAGUGCAUUCUGCCAUGGGGUAUAUAUUACACACAUAAUCUCUUCACAUAUGGUAUGGUA